CUACGCCCCUCGUGGUAAUCUGACGAAUCUUUCUCGUCCUCCUCCCUUCCCUUUUAUUCCGCUUUCUCUCUCCUCCUUUCCUCUCCUCCCCCAUCUCCCCCCUCCAACCCUUCAUUUCCUUCGCCAAGAUCACCUAACCUACCGCUAUUGCUGACUCGACUUCUCUUGACAACGAGUGGCCACUGAUUGCUGGUGUUCCACACUUCUCGCGGCGUACCUAGCCCGUCCUUCACCCAGCCGGGCAACGACGCUCUAGUAAACGCUCUUCCAUUUACGCCCCCAAACCCUUCACCGCUGCCACCGAACAGGAUGCCGGCCCGUGCAGUUUUCAUCGCCGUGUCGGCAGCUAUAGCUGCUGGCAUCGUGGUUUACCAUGAACGCGAGAGACUCCUGGAACUUCUCGACCGCACUAGUCGGAAAGUUGCCUUAUCGCUCUCACAGAUUGCGGAAGACUUCAACCCACGACCACGACAAACGGAGCAUCCCAUGACCAGUAGGGCACCCCCUCGACCGCGAACUCCGAGCGAGGAACAGUGGACAGAGGAGGAGAAAGCUUUCAUCUUUGACGAGAAGCCUACCGAUACCGAGGCACGCAAGCGAGACGAGGACACUUUCGGCGCUGCCUCUGGCUGGGAGGGACGAGAUGGCGCGGCUAGAGACGUAAGACGCCGUGGUUCUCCACUCGCCGCUCCGGCAGACGGUUCCGUCCUUUUCGACACUGCACCGGCUUCGCCUGCCGGGUCCUCCACCCCAACGGGAACUGCCGUAAAGGUGCCCGGCUCUGUUACGUGUACUUCCUUCUCUCGCCGCAGUUCGAGUGCCACACUUAGUGGCGACAGGGCUCUACCGAAUCUUCCUCCUCCCCUACCACCGAAGCCUCAAGCUCUCGCCCAGGAAGCCAUUCCGACGGCCGCAGCAGUGGCGGCAGAAAUUGUUUCCCCCCUGCAAACACCCGAUGUUCUUGUCACCACCGCAAACGCAGACUCCUCGCGAACCGCUUCGUCAAGCAGUGAUCACGAGGGACGCCAGACUGAAAACCCCUUUGGGAACUCGCAGCCGUACUGGAGCAUUCACGAGUGGGCCGAGAAUACCACACUAGGUAGCGGCAGUAGGUCACCGAGCAUUGCUGGCAGUGCAGCCGAGGAAAUUCCACAGCCCGCCGAUGAGAUCUUGAGUGAAUUCGGAUCCGAAGAUGAGAGCGUGGGUUCGUGGACUGAAGUUGGUAGCUCCAUUCACAGCGACGACGAUAAUUAAGCACGUUUUUCAGUUGCUUCAUUCAACGCAUCUGUUUUGUUCACAAAUGGUUUCGGAUAAACAGUUCUGGCGCGCGCGUGAAUUCCUUUUCUGUGUGUAUCUAUAAAUUGUACGGAUGGGGCUCAUGGGAGAGACGAGAUUAAGGGGGAAAGAGACGAAAACAAGAGAGGAAGGAAGGAGAAAUUGUCAGAUUCUUACACCGCUGGAUAGGGGGUUAACAUCAGGUUUUUCGUGAUUUUUUCCCCUCUACUCGUUUCUUUGCUCUGAUCUUACCUUCUCAUCAUUUACUCUCCCCCAUUUCCUUUUCUUUUUUUUCUUUUCCCUCUCUCUCUCUCUUGUGGAGUGGUCUGGUUUACAUUUUCGCGCACUUCUCCCUGUGCUUUCCACUUUCUUUUUCUCCCCGCCUAACGUUGCGAGGGAAAACAGACGGGCUGGUAAAAUUAUUCCUUUUUAAUGUCUUCUUUCCUUCUCUCUCUUAGCUUUGCCUGCUUGCUUGCUUCAUCACACCCUGUCCUAUCUGUAUUGGGUUUCUUUUCUUUUUUUUUUUUUCUUCUUCCCAAUUUUAUCCAUAUAUACAAGUGAAUGUCUAGGGUUGAGCGCUAUGGCGAGAA